AUGCACUGGCUUGUUUUGCGGAUGCGCUGUCUCGCAAGAUGCGCCCUGAUGUCAUCACAGUCAGUGCUGCGAUCAGCGCCUGCGAGAAAUCCGCGGAGUGGCAACAGGCGUUCGAGUUGUUCGGCGGUUUGCAGCGGCUGUCGCUUCGGCCAAAUGUGGUGGCCGCUGGAGCAGUCAUCAGUGCCCUCGAGAAAGGUCAACACGGUGGUCGUGAAUGCAGCACUCAGUGCAUGUGAAAAACGUGGGCAGUGGCAGAUGGCACUGCAGGUGCUGUGCUAUUCCCUUGGCAACGGGAUCGAAGCGGAUGUUAUCUCUUACAGUGCGGCCAUCAGCGCCUGUGAAGAAGAAGCUCAGUGGCAAGCUGCACUACAGCUGCUGCAAGACUUGAGAAGCAGCUAUCUGGUGGCGAACGUGGUGGCACUGACUGCAGCGAUUAGCGCUUGUACUAAAGGCAGGAACUGGCAAAGUGCCAUUGCUUUGUUUGCGGAACUCCGUGCAGCAGCACUGCAGCCUAACAUCGCCAGCUAUGAUGCCGUUCUGCUAGCAUUGGACGAGUCUGCGCGCUUCGAGGAGGCGCUCUCGCUUUUUGAAGAGUUGAAGACGGUCUCCAUCGAGGCCGAUUCGUUCCUGUACCGCUGCAUGCUCAACCUGUCCGAGAGAGCCG